AUGUAUGAAUCUGAUUUUGAAUCCGACAGUGAGAAGCCUGCACCUACAGCGACAUCUCCAGUGAGUUCAGAAGCAUUCAACAAGUGUCAGGAUGAGCUGGAGAAGUUCGAAAGGGAGGAGGAGGAACGCCUGCAGGCCGAGAGCAAAGACAGACUUGAGUCUCUGCAUCAGUCACUGUUGGAAAAAAGGGAAGCAGAAGAGAAAAGGAUGAAGGAAGAAUCUGAGAAAGCGUUAGAAGACCUUCAAGAAACCCUCAAAGCCGAUAGAAAACGGCUAGAACGUGAAAUACGGGAAGAAAAUAACAUUAUUCUUGAGAAGGUGAAGACUGAGUUGAAAGAAGAAGUGACCAAAAAUGUUCAAAAACUCAAAGCUCGUAAGAAGAAAGGAUUGGAACAUCUGCAGGCGGAGCUCGAGGUGGAGCUGACGUCAGAGAAAGAGAGAUUGCAGACACUGAAGGCCAAACAACAGGACUCGUUGAUGCGAGAAAGCAGAGAGUCUUUCACAUCUGUACGCCAGGAAGUGGAGCAGGAACAGAGGCGUACGUUGGAGCGUCUGAGCGAAGAUCACGAGAAAGAGAUCAGAAAGCUCCAAGAAAAACACUCCGAGGAAAAGGAUCUUCUGGAGGAGCAGCUUCUUUCUCGCUUCAACCAGGAGAAGGAACAAUCGGCCAAAAAGUUGGAAGAGCUUCAAGAAAACCUUAAAGCCGAUAGAAAACGGCAAGAACUUGAAAUACAGAAAGAAAAUAACACUAUUCUUGAGAAGGUGAAGACUGACCUGAAAGAAGAACUGGCCAAAACUGUUCAGAAACUUAAAGCUCGUAAGAAGAAACGAUUGGAUCAUCUGCAGGCGGAGCUCGAGGUGGAGCUGACGUCAGAGAAAGAGUCUUUCACAUCUGUACGUCAGGAAAUGGAGCAGGAACAGAGGCGUACGUUGGAGCGUCUGAGAGAAGAUCACGGGAAAGAGAUCAGAAAACUCCAAGAGGAAAAGGAUCUUCUAAAGGAGCAGCUACUUUCUUGCCUCAACCGGGAGAAGGAAGAAUCUGCAAAAAAGUUGGAAGAGCUUCAAGAAACCCUCAAAGCCGAACGAGAACGGCAGGAACGUGAAACACGGGAAGAAAAUGACUCUAUUGUUGAGAAAGUGAAGACUGACCUGAAAGUAGAAUUGGCCAAAACCGUAGAGAAACUCAAAGUUCGUAAGAAGAAACGAUUGGAACAUCUGCAGGCGGAGCUCGAGGUGGAGCUGACGUCAGAGAAAGAGAGAUUGCAGACACUGAAGGCCAAACAACCGGACUCGUUGAUGCGAGAAAGCAGAGAGUCUUUCACAUCUGUACGCCAGGAAGUGGAGCAGGAACAGAGGCGUACGUUGGAGCGUCUGAGCGAAGAUCACGAGAAAGAGAUCAGAAAGCUCCAAGAAAAACACUCAGAGGAAAAGGAUCUUCUGGAGGAGCAGCUUCUUUCUCGCUUCAACCAGGAGAAGGAACAGCGAGAGGAGUGUCUCACUCUCCGUCUGCAGGAACUGGACUUUCGACAUGAGGCCGAAGUUCUAAAAAGGCAACGGGAAAACUCAGACAAGAUGUUGGAGCUGAAGGAGUUGCCGACCGAGCUGGAGGUGAGGCAUAACCAUCUGGAGAGCCAAGACGCCGGGCUCAAGGCGAAGGUGGAGAGGCUGUGUCAGAGAAUGAGUUAUUUAGAAGAAAAAGACAAAGCAGAAGAGAGAAAGUCUUUUCCCACACUUAAGAAGGAGGUGGAAAGAGAACAUCGGUACGUGACAUCAGACUGUCGAUGUGACGUUUCUCUGGAGCUUCUGGAGAAGACCAACGACGAGCUGAGAACUUGUCGCCAGAAGAGAGAGAACCUGGUGACGAUGGUGGACCAGCUGCAGAGACGGUCCGACAGACUGAGCUUCACAAUGAACCAGUUUGAGACCAGUUCCUUACGAUCAGACGUGAAACACUCUUCCAGGUUCAGUGAGGAGCCGGACCAUAUGGGGUCUCCUCCUCUGUCCAGUCAAGUUGACGUCCACCACAGAACCAGACUCUUCCUGAAGUUAGAAGCAGACAGACUGGAGAGAGAGAACUCGAGGUGGAGAGAGUCGCAAACACCAAGUUCAAGGUUCUUGUCCUCGUGGAGUAAAUACAGGACCGAGAAUGCACACAGCGGCAUCGCGGAUCUAAGCAGCAGAGGUUACAACUAUUAA